ACUGGUAUUCAAUCGUAUUGGAAUAUGUAAUAUCAUAAUAAUGGUAGAAAUUGAAUCACUUUUUGUUUUGCUAUUCUAUACAAAAUUUUAUAAGUCUAAGUUAAGUGAAAUUUCUCAAUUCUUUUCCAGUUGUAUCUGUUGCAAAUUAUAAUUUGAGUAUAAAAUUCUUUUUAUUCCUCCGUUCAUAUGUAUUUCAUACAUUCCAUAUCCAUCUAUGGAGUUAGAUAAAAUUUUAUGUGAUUCUGUAAACAGAAUAUAAAUUCCAUCAUUGCUAGACAGAUCCAAUCCAUAUAAUUGAAUGAAGAAUGAUCCAAUAAUGGGAUUUUUUUUUUUAAUAAACGGGAAAAUCAAAAUGCUCGGGGAUGGAAAUGGGGGAAUGUCUACAAUACCUGGAUUUAAUCAGAUACAAUUUGAAGGAUUUUGUAGGUUCAUUGAUCAGGGCUUAACAGAAGAACUUUAUAAGUUUCCAAAAAUUGAAGAUACAGAUCAAGAAAUUGAAUUUCAAUUAUUUGUGGAAACAUAUCAAUUAGUAGAACCCUUGAUAAAAGAAAGAGAUGCUGUAUAUGAAUCAAUUACAUAUUCUUCUGAAUUAUAUGUAUCCGCAGGAUUAAUUUGGAAAACCAGUAGGGAUAUGCAAGAACAAACAAUUUUUAUUGGAAACAUUCCUCUAAUGAAUUCACUGGGAACUUUUAUAAUAAAUGGAAUAUACAGAAUUGUGAUCAAUCAAAUAUUGCAGAGUCCCGGUAUCUAUUACCGGUCAGAAUUGGAUCAUAAUGGAAUUUCGGUCUAUACUGGCACCAUAAUAUCAGAUUGGGGGGGAAGAGUAGAAUUAGAGAUUGAUAGAAAAGCAAGGAUAUGGGCUCGUGUGAGUAGGAAACAGAAAAUAUCUAUUCUAGUUUUAUCAUCAGCUAUGGGUUUGAAUCUAAGAGAAAUUUUAGAGAAUGUGUGCUACCCUGAAAUUUUCUUAUCUUUCCUGAAUGAUAAGGAAAAAAAAAUUGGGUCAAAGGAAAAUGCCAUUUUGGAGUUUUAUCAACAAUUUACUUGUGUAGGCGGAGAUCCAAUAUUUUCUGAAUCCUUAUGUAAGGAAUUACAAAAGAAAUUCUUUCAACAAAGAUGUGAAUUAGGAAAGAUUGGUCGAUUAAAUAUGAACAGGAGACUGAAUCUUGAUAUACCCCAUAACAAUACAUUUUUGUUACCACGAGAUAUAUUGGCAGCUGCAGAUCGUUUGAUUGAAAUGAAAUUUGGAAUGGGUACACUUGACGAUAUGAAUCAUUUAAAAAAUAAACGUAUUCGUUCUGUAGCGGAUCUCUUACAAGAUCAAUUCGGAUUGGCUCUGAUUCGUUUAGAAAAUGUAGUUAGAGGGACUAUAUGUGGAGCAAUUAGGCAUAAAUUGAUACCGACCCAUCAAAAUUUGGUAACUUCAACUCCAUUAACAACAAAUUAUGAAUCUUUUUUUUUAUUACACCCAUUAUCUCAAGUUUUGGAUCGAACUAAUCCAUUGACACAAAUAGUUCAUGGGAGAAAAUUGAGUUAUUUGGGUCCUGGAGGAUUAACAGGACGAACUGCUAGUUUUCGGAUACGAGAUAUCCACCCUAGUCAUUAUGGGCGCAUUUGCCCAAUUGACACGUCUGAAGGAAUCAAUGUUGGACUUAUUGGAUCUUUAGCAAUUCAUGCCAAGAUUGGUCAUUGGGGGUCUUUAGAAAGCCCAUUUUAUGAAAUCUCUGAGGGAUCAAAAAAAGUACGGAUGUUUUAUUUAUCGCCAAAUAGAGAGGAAUACUAUAUGGUAGCGGCAGGAAAUUAUUUGGCGCUGAAUCGAGGUGUUCAGGAAAAACAGGUUGCUCCGGCUCGAUAUCGUCAAGAAUUCCUGACUAUUGCAUGGGAACAGGUGCAUCUUCGAAGUAUUUUUACCUACCAAUAUUUUUCUAGUUUAGCAUCACUCAUUCCUUUUAUCGAGCAUAAUGAUGCGAAUCGGGCUUUAAUGAGUUCUAAUAUGCAACGUCAAGCAGUUCCACUUUCUCGGUCCGAAAAAUGCAUUGUUGGAACUGGAUUGGAACGCCAAGUGGCUCUAGAUUCAGGGGUUCCUGCUAUAGCCGAACACGAGGGAAAGAUAAUUUAUACUGAUAUUGACAAGAUCAUUUUAUCGGGCAAUGGGGAUACUCUACGCAUUCCAUUAGUUAUGUAUCAACGUUCCAACAAAAAUACUUGUAUGCAUCAAAAAACCCAGCUUCGGCGGGGUAAAUGCAUUAAAAAGGGACAAGUUUUAGCAGAUGGUGCCGCUACAGUUGGUGGCGAACUUGCCUUGGGCAAAAACGUAUUAGUCGCUUAUAUGCCAUGGGAAGGUUACAAUUUUGAGGAUGCGGUACUCAUUAGCGAACGUCUGGUAUAUGAAGAUAUUUAUACUUCUUUUCACAUACGGAAAUAUGAAAUUCAGACUCAUGUGACAAGCCAAGGACCUGAAAGGAUCACUAACGAAAUACCGCAUCUAGAGGCCCAUUUACUC